AUGCCUCAUGACGUCCCGCACCAACGGAAUGCUACGCCCGUCAUCGACGUCGUUGACGAGAAAAAGACCGCUGCGCCCGUUGUGGAGGCCCGUGAAGUCGAAGCCAAGCAGGCCACUGCAGAAUCUAAGAAGGAGCUCCCCAAGGGCGAGAAGGAACCCCCCAAUGCUGGGUUCGCCCCGACAAGGGCACCUCUCGCAAGUUUGGCGGGGAUAGCAGCACCUGUCAUCGCCAACCUCGGGGGGGGCCUGAAGUCCCGCUGA